CUCGCAGCCGCUCCGCUCCACCCGAUUUAACACUUUUUUAUUUUGCUCAAGUACGUAGAUCUCCAGAAUUCAUAAGUAAGACCGUCUCAAAACAUCUGAUCGCCUCGUGUUCGAUUCCGCGACUGAUUACAAAAUGGCUGGAUGGCACGACCCAUUCGCGAUUUCGGUGUGUUCUUAAGGGACGAAAUGUGCUUCGUUAUGUAAAUGUUACGCAAGUUCGGGACUGUCUUCCGACCCAGAAGUGACCCUUGGUCUCAUGUAACCUGACAUUACCAUUAUGAGUGCGUACGGACUAUCGGGAGGCGGCGAGUCGGAUGUGAUAUCACGUCGACUAAGGGAGGCGGAGCGAGCGCGCGCCGACGCAGAGAGGGCGCACGCAGACGCAUUGGCGCAACUUCGCAAUGCUCAGCGCUCGCCGCUCGACUCGCACAAUGUCGAACAGCUACAAUCGAAAGUUAGAGAACUUGAGAAAAAGGCUGCCCUAGAAACAGUCCGAUGUGAGGAACUUCAGUUGGAAUUGUCAUCAGCAAUGCGUGCGAGAGGCACAAGUACCACUGCCACAUGGUCCAUGGCCACUCAACCUGCCUCAGAAAUUGAGCGGAUUAUGGCCAAAAUUGAACAGGACAAUAGAAUUCUCGCCGAAUUAGAGCACACCAGGUCUACAACUCAUGAUUAUUCCAUUCUAGGUAUACAACAGAGCGGGUCCAACCAAGGGUUAGGAGAGUACCAUUCCCCAACACCGUCACCACUACCACACUCGUACACGAGUACAACGGGCCAUAAUAUAACUUUGUGUCAGAGCAACACAAUGCCGACUCUGUCUUCCCUUCAUGCUGCCUCACAGUUCACAGCCCCUAACCCUAACACCGCUGCGUAUUCCAUGAGCGCUCACAAUCCUACCUCCUACACAAACCCAGUUUCUGCUCCCUACGGCCUCUCAAACACACACCAAGUAACAUUCACAAACCCUGUUACUACCCCGCUUGUUAACAACAUCAACCAGAUAUCGAGUACCUUAGCGGGCUUACAAUCCAAUCUUCAUAAUCUUACCGGAAACGUGUCAUCAAUGACUCUUGGAAACGCAUUGACUGGAACUGCAAUAACAGGCACAAUGGCGGGAAGUGGUCUUAGUAGUUGUUUAAAUAAUGUACCAACAAGUUUAUCAAGUGGACUAUCGAGCACCUUAGCAGGAAUACAAUCAAGUUUGACAGGAGCACUUGGAAACACACUAAGUAAUCUUACAGGCGGAACACAAAUUGGAGCUUUAAAUACGAACCUUACAAGCACAAGUGUUUAUGGAACGGGUAGUGGAACUUAUACAAAUCCACUUUUAACUAGUGGCUUAGGUACAAAUCCGAUGAAUAUUAAACUAAAGCCCAUGGAUGAGAUAGAUUUGGGCUUAGGUCGAUAUGGAACCAAUAAUCCAUCUAUGAUUAGGGCAGUCACUCCAGUGACUCCUCAUCAACCAAGCUGGAGCUUAGGAUUAGAUAGCCAAUUUCCCGAUAGACUUGCUGGUUUAGAAUCUUCGUUAUAUCAUGACCGUGGUCAGAGAAACAUGAGGCUUUUGCAAAAUAAUUUGUUGGAUAUGGAUGUGCGAAACACACAUUAUAUGAACGGAGGGGGACCAAACGAGGCCCAAGUUGACAUGCUAGAUAUUCCAGGCAAAGGUCGUUGUUGCGUUUAUAUAGCUCGGUUUUCUUAUGAUCCACCGGAAAUUGAAAGUGCUGAAGGUGAGCUAUCAAUAUGCGCUGGGGACUAUCUUCUGGUUUGGGGUCCACCAGAUCCAAAUGCAACGAUGCUUGAUGCCGAAUUGUUAGAUGGUCGCCGUGGUCUAGUACCUGCCAAUUUUGUUCAAAGGCUGGUAGGCGACGAUCUUUUAGAGUUCCAUCAGGCUGUUGUAGCUACACUACGUGAUGCUGAUGAAACAGCUACAACAGCAAUAAGUGAUAUGUCACUAAGCCGUGAUGUAGCUCGUCUGAGUGAAGUUGCUGAUGUAACAGAUGGAUCUGAAGAUGAUGAUAAUGUUCCGGCUCCGCGUCAGCUCACAUUGGAGCGGCAGUUGAACAAAUCUGUGCUGAUUGGCUGGACGGCACCCGAGGGAGUACAACAGGCAAAUAUCGAGAGCUACCAUGUCUAUGUGGAUGGGGUAUUGAAGACGACUGUGAAGGCCACUGAACGAACCCGUGCUUUGGUAGAGGGCGUAGAUUCUAAUCGAUUUUUGCAUUUUAAGCCGCAUCGGAUCAGUGUUCGAUCUGUCACGGCGACACGCCGUACAUCUCGUGAUGCCGCUUGUACUAUGGUAAUUGGUCGAGAUACUGCAAAUAUGGGACCAACCUGCGUAAGGGCUAGUGGGGUAACGUGUUCGCAAGCAGUUAUAUCCUGGUUGCCAGCAAAUUCUAACCAUCAACACGUCGUCUGUGUAAACAACGUCGAAGUUCGGACUGUAAAACCUGGUGUUUAUCGUCACACUAUAACUGGUUUAUCACCAAGUACGCAGUAUCGAGUGACAGUAAGAGCCAAACAUUUAAGAGCCGGUCCUCCAUCUGGAAUACCUAUCGAAGAAGCUCCAGGAGCCUACACAGACUUCAGGACUCUUCCAAAAGGACUUCCAGAUCCUCCAAAUGAAAUCAUGGUGGAAGCUGGGCCGCAAGAUGGUACACUGCUUGUGACGUGGCAGCCAGUGCUUCGACCACCCGCUUCAGGGCCUGUAACUGGAUAUGCUGUUUAUGCAGACGGGAAGAAGGUGACCGACGUAGACUCUCCGACUGGUGAUCACGCUCUCAUCGAUAUCGGCAAACUCCUCGGCCUCAAUCCUAAAUGCGUCACCGUAAGAACUAAGUCGCGCGACAGCCAAUCGAGCGACAGUGCUCCAACUCCGAUUCCACCAGCUGUGUUGCGAGGUGUCGUAUCUAGGGUACAGAGGGGCCCUCCAGGUCAGGUUCUUAACCAGCCAGUUCCACCGGGUUAUAGAGCGCAGCGUCCGCAAGCUUAUCAACAGCAACAACAAGUUAUAGAACACGAUGAAAAUCUUUCCGAUAAAGAAAUAUUUCCGACAGCAAAUCGUCAUGAUCCUCAACAGCAGCAGGCUCAGCCCACGAGCGGAUUCGGCACAGGCCUUCUAAAGAGUAUAUUCGACAAAAUAACCCCUUCGCAUUCGGGGAUACCAGCCAUCGAAAUCACUAAAGAGGGAGCCACGGAGCAGAUAAGCGAGGAGGACGACCCUUCGCGGCGGUGUCAUCAGCAGCCGUCCCAACCUGCACAAGCGUCGCAGCAGCCUUCGGGUCAGCCGUACCCGAAUACACCAGCCUUCCAUGGCACGCAGCAACCCCCCUUUCAACAGGGCGCCCAGUUCCCAAGUAAUCAACCUAAUCAACAGCAAUAUCCCGGACAACAACAGCAGUAUCAAAAUCCACCUCCAAGAAAUCAUCAUGAACGGGGACGACCUCCUAACCCUCACCAGAUACAGCAACAGGCCCAACAAGGUCAAAUGCCGCAAUACGGUCCGAGAGGUGGCCCUCCUCCAGGACCACGAGGACCUCCUCCGGCUGGAGGUCGGCCCCCUCCACAAGGUCACGCUCAGUCAAAGAGAGGUCGUUAUUUCAUUGCACUAUUUGACUAUGACCCAGUAACUAUGAGUCCCAACCCUGAGAGCUGCGAUGAAGAAUUGCCGUUUAGCGAAGGAGAUACAAUUAAGGUGUGGGGUGACAAAGAUGCCGAUGGCUUCUAUUGGGGUGAAUGUCGAGGUCGGCGUGGCUAUGUGCCCCACAAUAUGGUUGUUGAAGUCUCUGAACAGGAGGCAACUGGGCAGGUCUCCGCAAAACCUCGAGAUCGCUGGACAGACGCGUACGCCAACCAGCCCGUACGUCGAAUGAUAGCGUUGUAUGACUACGACCCGCAAGAACUUAGCCCUAAUGUUGAUGCCGAUGCUGAGCUCAGCUUUCAAACCGGUCAGAUAAUACAUGUAUACGGCGAUAUGGACGAUGACGGUUUUUAUAUGGCUGAAAUUGAGGGUGUUCGAGGUCUUGUACCAAGUAAUUUCCUAACAGAUGCCAACGAUCAGUAUGCACCUGCGGGACCAAGUGGUCAAGGGCCACCUGGGGGUCGAAUGGGGCCAAGCACAAGCGCGCCAGGCGGAGGCCCAGGUCGAGGGAGGGGAGUCCCUCCAGGGCCAGGAGCUCGGGGUCCACCACCGCCUCCUAGAGAUAAUGUUGCCCCAGCACAAAGAAAUCAUCUUCGAAAAACAGAUGCCUGCCCUCUUCCCCCUUCUCAGUUAGACCACAACACAAGCGCCAGUAAUCCAGAACAGGCGAGUUCUCAGGCGAGGGGGAAAGGCGUGGGGAGCGUGCCGGCGAGCACGACCGCUCGCACGAGCGCUGGUAACGUGAGCUCGCCGCCGGUUCAGUCGCCGGGCUCAGCCGCCACGCUGGCUAUGCCCCCCGUGGGAACUACCACUGCCGUCAGCACGUCCCCAGCGCGCCGCGGCGGGCCCACCGUCGUCCCGGCGCCUACAGCUCAACCUCUUCAGCAGCAGCAACAACAGCAACAGCAACAACAACAGCAACAACAGCAACAGCAACAACAGCAGCCACCCACCUCACAACCCAACCUUAUGCAAAAAUUCACUGAAAUGACCGCCCCAGGCGGAGACAUACUCAGCAAGGGAAAAGAACUCAUCUUCAUGAAAUUCGGCCUCGGCGGCAAAUAAUGUCGGCGGUUCGGUCUUUAGGGCCCUUCAAUCCUUUAUGACGUCGCGGUUGUCUUCAAACGCGACCUUCAAAGCGGAAGAUACUGCUGUUUGCCCGGCAACAGAAUUGAACUCGAUCAGAGUUUUUUUUACAUGUAACCCGUUUAUAACCGUUAACGUAUUGUAAUAAUGUAAAUAAAUUCAAUAAACGCACAGUUUAGUUAAAAUGAAUAUUCAAAAUGUUAGUGCAGUCCUGAUACGCACGGUUGGAGUAACCCCUCAAUUAGUCGUAUUAUAAUGUUUUCUAAAUCUUCAACGUCUGCCCAUCUGUUAGAUUAGAUCGUAAGUGAUUGUUUAAUUCAUAUUUAACUAGUUAUAGUGUUCUUACUACUGCAAAACGCAUUGGUCUACGAACUUCAAUGCACGCAGUGUCACUAUACCUAGAUGAAAUAUGUAUUUUUAAAUAUUUAGUUAAAAUCUAUUUUAUACUUUGGCGUUCUUGAAUAAAAAACGUCAUUUGUUUCUUAAUGUUCGUAGCUUAGUAGCUACGUGUCCACAUUUUUUUGUCUAUCGCUAGGUUAUCUCCUUAUUAAUAUAGAAUUAGAUGUUUCAAAUCUAUAUCUUUGUUCUGAAAAAUAUAUAUAUUGUUGAAUGUUAUCCUCAUGCAGUCCACAGCAGUCGAAGUAAUCUGCAGAGUUGAGCCAUUCCUGAUGAUGUUGUCAUUAUGUUUCAAAUGUUUAUCAUAAUGUUGUAAAGAUAUAUCAGCUGAGACUCGGAGGCCGCAAAUUCAGGUGCCCAAUUGCAAUAUUCAAUAGAAUAACAUAUGUUUAAGAUUAUAUAAGUAAAACACAUUAAAGUUCACUUUUCUCAAAAUAUUCUGUGAUAGUAGACGUGAUACCAUCUUUGUCAUUCAUGUAAGAUACAGAAUCAUUGUCAUGUAAUAAAUUCAAAAACAGAAACAUUGUUCUAUGGUUUCUUGUUGUGCAGAUUAUAAUUUUUUGAUAGGAUUUCAGCGUUGGCCAGAAACUUGUACAAAAGUACGAAGAUUCUAGUACGAAGUCUAUGGUGUAUUUUAGAAAUCUUAUCAUUGAACACCUGUUCUUUAUCGAUGAAAUAUGUUAUGUCUAUGUUUUGUUCAGUAACAAAUAUAUGCAACCUCAUUUCGAUAAAACUAGUAUCUAAUUGUAUAUGUAUUAAAUAAAUUAUUGAAGGUUCAUAUGUAUACCUUCGUGUUUCUCUUUUUAAAUUAAAUAUACAGUAAUAUCGAUUAGUAAUAAAGGCUAUUCCCGUUUCAAGCCUAAAGACUGCUUGCAUGAGUUAUAUUAAUAAUUUAUACAUUUUUUAUACCCUUGUUGGUAUAACAUAUAUUCUAAUUUUUAAAAAGAAUUUAAACUUUAAAUUCUGAAGUUCAA